AUGUCCCUACCUGCCGUUAACCCGCCGAUCACGACAGUACUGCCGUCCGACUCCUUUCAGCUCCUACCAGAAACCGAGAAACCAGGCGCCGCAGAAGAUGCGCUAUACGAGCAGCAGGUCAAGGAUGUAGAAGCUUGGUGGGCCACACCUCGGUACGAAGGCAUCAAGAGGCCAUACACUGCCGCUGAUGUGGUAUCGAAGCGAGGAUCACAAAUGCAAAGCUACCCGAGCUCGUUGAUGGCCAGGAAGCUGUUCAACUUGAUCAAAGAGAAGGCGGCUGCGGGAGAACCCAUACACACAAUGGGAGCUAUUGAUCCCGUGCAAAUGACGCAACAGGCGCCGCACCAGGAAGUCCUCUACAUCUCGGGCUGGGCUUGUUCGAGCGUCUUGACAUCGACUAACGAAGUCUCGCCCGAUUUCGGUGACUAUCCAUACAAUACCGUACCGAAUCAGGUCCAGCGCCUAGCCAAGGCGCAAUCGAUGCACGAUAGGAAACAAUGGGACUUGCGCCGGAAGAUGGCUCCAGAGGAGCGGAAGACAACCCCUUACGUCGACUAUUUCCGUCCCAUCGUCGCCGACGGCGAUACUGGCCACGGUGGCUUGAGUGCGGUGCUGAAGCUGGCCAAGUUGUUCGCCGAGAAUGGUGCGGCGGCUGUGCAUUUCGAGGACCAACUGCACGGCGGCAAGAAGUGUGGCCAUCUGGCUGGCAAGGUCCUGGUGCCCAUGGGCGAACACAUCAACCGACUAAAUGCUGCGCGGUUCCAGUGGGACGUCAUGGGGUCGGAGAACCUCGUUAUCGCCCGGACUGACUCCGAAAGCGGGAAGCUUAUAUCGAGCGCCAUCGAUGUGCGCGACCACGAAUUCAUACUGGGGGUUGCCGACGAAGGUGUCUCGCCCCUUGCCGAGACAUUACAAGAAAUGGAAUCAGCUGGUGCUCCAGGGCCGGAGAUCGAUGCUUUCGAAGCUGACUGGGUCAAGAAGACGAGGCUCGUGACGUUCGACGAGGCUGCUGUAGAGCAGUUGCAAGCGCAGGGCGUGUCCCAGGACAAGAUCGACUCUUACCUGAAAACGGUAGAGGCAGACGAUACGUUGGGCAUCUCCAAGCGGCGGCAGCUAGCGAAUAGCUUUGCUAGCAAGCCGGUAUACUUCGACUGGGACGUCCCUCGGACUCGAGAGGGCUUCUACCAUUACCGGGCCGGCAUGAAGGCCGCAACGAAGCGCGCCAUCGCUUUCGGCCCCUACGCGGAUCUUCUGUGGGUAGAGACAGGCGAUCCCAGCGUCGAGGUGGCUUCCAAGCUCGGUCGUGCUGUGAGACAAGUCUUCCCCGGCAAAGGACUGGUCUACAACCUGUCGCCCUCGUUCAACUGGAUGGCCCACGGCUUCAAGGACGCCACGCUCAAGUCGUUUAUCUGGGAUAUCGCCAAGGAGGGCUUCGUACUGCAGCUGAUCUCUUUGGCGGGUCUUCACAGUACCGCGACCAUCACGAACGAGCUGGCCAAGGAGUACAAGAAGGACGGCAUGCUGGCCUAUGUCAACCUGGUUCAGCGUCGAGAAAAAGAGCUUGGCUGUGACGUCUUGACACAUCAGAAAUGGAGUGGCGCAAGUUACAUUGACGGCAUCCUGGGUGCUAUCCAGAGUGGAAGCAGCGGGAGCAAGAGCAUGGGCGAGGGCAAUACCGAGGGACAGUUCAACUGA